CUCUAAUGCACAUAGAAAAUUAACAAAUAUGAUUAUCUACGGUGUUUAUAUAGUUAGUAAAUCUGGCGGUCUUAUAUUCAACUUGGACAACAAUGUGCCACGCAUUGAACACGAGAAGACAUUCACUUAUCCUUUAGACCUGGUGCUGGACUACGACCCAAAGAAAGUAUCCGUGGCAUUUAAUCGCAAGGAUGGCAUUAUCGUUGGACACGUACUCGUUGCUAUUAAUGGCAUGACAGUCAAUGGUGCCACUUUGGAAGAUGGACGCGACGUCAAAACAUUGCUCGAGUCGGCGGAAAACUUUCCCAUAGACUUAAAGUUCAGCAGGCCUAAGAUGACAACAAAUGAGAAAAUCUUCUUGGCCAGCAUGUUCUACCCACUGUUUGCUAUUGCCAGCCAACUGAGCCCCGAGCCCAAGAGUUCUGGCAUCGAAUUACUGGAGGCAGACACCUUCACAUUGCAUUGUUUCCAAACACUAACGGGCGUCAAAUUCAUUAUUAUUUCGGAAACAGGCCUCAAUGGCAUGGACUUGCUGUUGCGCAAAGUGUAUGAACUGUAUUCCGACUAUGUACUGAAGAAUCCUUUCUACUCGCUGGAAAUGCCCAUCCGCUGUGAAUUGUUUGACAACAAGCUACAGGAGCUGCUGUUGCAGGUCGAAAAGACGGGCAUCAACAAUAUUGAUAAAUAGAUUAAUGUUAAGCUUAAGUGUUAUUCCAAUGUCACUUCUUCUGUUAACCACUUAGAUGGCGGUCUCCUGUAUAUAUAUAUAAGUUUGUUAUUCAAGUACGUCUAAGCUCGCUUGAAGCCAAUUUAGCUUUUUUCAUACAUAAGGUACGUUUAUAACUAUAAAAUAAAUUGUAAU